AUGACAAUAACAUCCCUCGACGAUUUAUCAAAACUUAAGGGUUGGAGAAGAAGGAAGACCCACCUCUUGACCCAAAAGCCGCGACUUGUGGGAGUGGCAGAAUCAAUUCCUCUAUCACAUGGCCUAGUGGUCCGUUUGAAACCCAAAAGGAGGACCCCUGUAUCAUAUGGAGGAAGGUCUGCUGUGCCAGAAAAAUCACAGCGUUCUAGAAGCAUGUCUUUCAGUCCUGAUAGAGUCCGUGUGAGAGGAAGGUCUCCUGCCUUUAAUGCACUAGCCGCUACUUUUGAGAACCCAAAUGCAAGGAAUCUUUCAACUCCUCCUCCAGUUGUAAGAAAGCCCUAUCCAAAAUCUGUGACCCCAGAUUCAGCAAAACUGGCUUCCAGAUCCUCAGCUAUAGCAGCACUAAGCUCCACUUUUGAACAACCAGCUCCGGCACGACAAACUAUUAUACCCCGUUCUCUUAAAGUGAGCCCUGAGGCAUCCAAACCAAAACCCGAAACAAAUUCCAAAGAGAACUCUAUGAGCACCAGAAUUGAAGCACUAACAAUACAGGAAGAUGUGAAAGAGGGUGAAGCUGAAGAUGAGGAGGGGCUGCCAAUAUACCCAUACGAACGCAUUAAAAUAUCAUCAAUGGACCCUAUUACUGAAAUUGAUGUGACCAAGCGAGAGACUUAUCUAUCUUCACAAGAGUUCAGGGAGAAAUUCGGAAUGACAAAGGAUGCUUUCUAUAAGUUGCCUAAAUGGAAACAGAAUAAGCUGAAGAUGGCCCUUCAAUUGUUCUGAGUACCUGUUCACAUCUGGUUUAUUACAUCUUCCUGCUGCUUAGAAUUGCAGAUAAAGGAAAGCAUGCUUGGAAGUUCGUAUGAUUUUUUCCUCAUGAUCUUCUCCAUAGCUACUUUCAUAAUAACAAUAAUUGUCACAUGAGGGACUCUUUUUCGAUAGUAUGGAGGACAGCAUCAGUGCAUUUUUAGGUGCUUUUGCUUCCAAAGGAAAAUUGUUUUAAUGAUUGGUGGGAAGAACUGGAGCCAAUUCCGAUUUCCACUACCAUCUCGUGGUUUGAACAUGUAGCGUUGUUUUUAUUUUUCUUUUUUCAGUUGGUCGCUUGGUAUUCUUUUUUAUCACAGGUUUGUUGUGGGCUUGCAUUUUUGUUUUUCUUAUUUAUGUUCUUUUUUAAGUCAUUAGUUUCAACAGAGCGAUUAGGAGGUUUGCAAAUGCAGAGAUUUAGGUUGUCCUGUACGACAGAUGGGAAUUGUGUACAGCAGUGUAAAAACCAGCACAGCCAUUAUUUCUUUUGACAAUAAAAGUGUGAUUUUUUUUUGAGUUG